AUGGUGUGCAAGUUGGGCAUCAAUGGCUUCGGCCGUAUUGGUCGCCUGGUGUUCCGCGCGGCAAUGGAGCACAGCGGCGUGGAAGUUGUUGCUAUCAACGACCCGUUCAUGUCUCUUGACUACAUGGUCUACCUCCUGAAGUACGACUCCGUUCACGGUCACUACCCCGCGGAAGUGAGCCACAAGGACGGCAAGCUGGUUGUUGGCGGCAAGGCCGUCACCGUCUUCAACGUGAAGGAGCCGACUGCCAUCCCUUGGGGACAGGCCGGCGUCCACUACGUCUGCGAAUCCACUGGCAUUUUCCUGACGAAGGAGAAAGCGCAGGCUCACUUGAAUAGCGGAGCCAAGAAGGUCAUCAUGUCCGCCCCUCCAAAGGACGACACCCCGAUGUUCGUCAUGGGCGUGAACCAGGACCAGUACAAGUCCACUGACAUCAUCGUGUCUAACGCUUCCUGCACGACGAACUGCUUGGCUCCUCUUGCCAAGAUCGUCCACGACAAGUUCGGCAUUGUUGAAGGUCUCAUGACCACUAUUCAUGCCAUGACUGCCAACCAGCUCACUGUCGAUGGUCCUUCCAAGGGAGGCAAGGACUGGCGUGCAGGCCGCGCUGCGGGCGUCAACAUUAUCCCUGCUUCCACUGGUGCAGCGAAGGCCGUCGGCAAGGUUAUCCCGUCUCUCAACGGAAAGCUCACAGGCAUGGCCUUCCGUGUCCCCGUUACCGAUGUUUCUGUUGUUGAUCUCACUUGCAAGCUGGCAAAGCCCGCCAAGUACGAGGAGAUCGUCGCCGCUGUCAAGGAGGCAGCAGACGGUCCCAUGAAGGGCAUUGUGAGCUACACCGACGAAGAAGUCGUCUCCUCUGACUUCAUCCACUGCAAGUACUCGUCUACCUUCGACGUCAACGCCGGCAUCAUGCUCAACGACACCUUCGUUAAGCUUGUUUCGUGGUACGACAACGAAUGGGGCUACUCCAACCGGCUUGUUGAGUUGGCUCACUACAUGUCGGAGAAGGACAGUGCUUAA